AUGGGAAUUUGGGAGCGUCCUGCAUUGUUUCCUUGCUUGUUAAACCAUGCUGUAGUAAGCCAGCAACCAGUUUUAUGUAGAAUAAAAAAUGAAGAAAUGAGAUGUCGAAAAUAUCUACACCCCAGUUCCUACAGCAAAGUAAUCAAUGAAUGCCAACAACGAAUGGUAGCAGACCACUUACAAUUUCUUCAUGCAGAAUGUCAUAACAUCAUCAGACAAGAGAAGAGAAAUGAUAUGGCAAACAUCUACAUACUGCUUCAUGCUGUGCCGAGUGGCUUACCUCAUAUGAUUCAGGAACUGCAAAACUAUAUCCAUGAUGAGGGCCUUAGAUCAACCAGCAAUCUUUCUCAGGAAAAUAUGCCCACUCAAUUUGUAGAAUCAGUGUUGGAAGUACACAGUAAAUUUGUUCAGCUCAUUAAUACUGUUUUGAAUGGUGACCAGCGAUUCAUGAGUGCCCUUGACAAGGCUUUAACAUCAGUAGUGAACUAUAGGGAACCAAAGUCUAUUUGCAAAGCUCCUGAGCUGUUGGCCAAAUAUUGUGACAAUUUGCUAAAAAAAUCAGCAAAAGGCAUGACAGAAAAUGAAGUAGAAGACAAACUUACAAGCUUCAUUACAGUUUUCAAGUACAUUGAUGAUAAAGAUGUUUUUCAAAAGUUCUAUGCCAGAAUGUUGGCAAAACGGCUUAUACAUGGUUUAUCAAUGUCCAUGGAUUCUGAAGAAGCUAUGAUUAACAAAUUAAAGCAAGCCUGUGGUUAUGAGUUCACCAGCAAACUCCAUCGAAUGUACACAGACAUGAGUGUUAGUACAGAUCUUAACAACAAAUUCAACAGCUUCAUAAAAAAUCAAGACAUCAUCGUAGAUUUGGGAAUUAGUUUUCAGAUAUAUGUUCUUCAGGCUGGAGCAUGGCCUUUGACCCCGGCGCCUUCAUCUACCUUUGCAAUUCCUCAGGAACUGGAAAAAAGUGUACAGAUGUUUGAAUUAUUUUACAAUCAACAUUUCAGUGGAAGGAAACUUACCUGGUUACAUUAUCUUUGCACAGGUGAGGUAAAAAUGAAUUAUUUGUGCAAGCCGUAUGUAGCCAUGGUUACCACCUACCAAAUGGCAGUGCUACUGGCCUUUAACAAUAGUGAAAUCAUUAGUUACAAAGAACUCCAGGAUAGCACACAGAUGAAUGAGAAAGAACUGAUCAAAACUAUCAAAUCAUUACUUGAUGUCAAAAUGAUCAACCAUGACUCAGAUAAGGAGAAUGUAGAGGCAGUGUCCACAUUUUCAUUAAAUAUGAAUUUCAGCAGUAAACGAACAAAAUUUAAAAUCACUACUUCAAUGCAAAAAGACACCCCACAGUGCAAGGAAAUGGAGCAAACAAGAAGUGCUGUAGAUGAAGAUAGGAAAAUGUACCUUCAAGCUGCAAUUGUCCGCAUCAUGAAAGCACGAAAGUUAUUGCGACACAAUGCUCUCAUUCAGGAGGUAAUUAGCCAAUCAAGAGCUAGGUUUAACCCAAGUAUCAGCAUGAUUAAGAAGUGUAUUGAAGUUCUGAUAGACAAACAGUACAUUGAACGGAGCCAGGCCUCAGCAGAUGAGUACAGCUAUGUAGCAUGA